UAUGCUUUCAUUUCCGAGCUUCUCCCAUGGAUUGAUCGAGAGUUGUUCCUCAAAACAGAACGACAAAAUCGAAGCAGAUAAUCAAUAUUCAAGCUUGAUGACGACGAUGAAAUCAGUACUACUGGACGGGGGAGACGGAGAUUCGAGCUUGGGCUCGGCAUCGGAGGAGUGCAAGAAGAAGAAACACAGCGAGGCCGAACGGAAACGCCGGCGGCGACACCUCGCCCACCUCGCCACUCUCCGCGGCCUCCUCCCCGAAAAAUUAACAAAAAAGGACAAAGCCUCGUUACUGGCGGAGGUGGUGCGUCAGGUGAGGGACCUGAAGAAGCAGGCAGCGGACGCGGCGCCGGUUGCAGCGGAGCACGACGGCGACGUCGGGGGCGGCGGCGGCGACGGAUCUGAGACCUCCUGGUGCUUCCCCGGCGACGCGGACGACGUUACGCUGAGUUACUGCGGUGAAGGCGGGGAGAUGAUAAAGGCGACGGUGUGCUGCGAGGACCGGCCCGGUCUGAACGGGGACUUAGCACGCGCGAUCCGGUCGGUGGGGGGGAGGGCGGUGAGGAUGGAAAUGGCGACGGUGGGCGGAAGGACGAAGAGCGUGGUUGUGAUGCAACGCGGCCGCAACGGCGGGAAAGAGGAAGAAGUAGAAGAAGAAACAGAGGAGGAAGAGAUUGGGAGGCUGAAGCGGGCGUUUAAGGCGGUAGUGGAGAACAGGGUUUCGGGAACUAGGUCGCGUCAGGUGUGGCCGAUCAGUAAGCGCAGAAAUUACGUAAAUUAA